AUGGCCAAAAAGUCAAAGAGUACCCCUCCAGCUCUCUGGGUAAGUUACAAACACUGGGAAGGUACUUCCUAGAGUUAAAAAUUUCAGAAAAAGAUGGAAAUCGAUUUCAAAGGCGAAAAGACUCUAGAGAAAAACGAUAAAACUUUUGAAGAAGUUACAAAUGAACAGCUAAACGAAAAAAUUGUUGAUCAUAUUCUGCAAAGUGGCCAAAAGCUCAACGAAGUCUUGGACACUUUGAUACAGUUGAAAGUGAGGUUCACAGAAUUCGAUGUGUUGAAACAAUUAUUAUACAAUUUUAGGAUUACUUGCAAGCCCGUUCUGACCGGUUAUUCGAAGCCUUUGAUGCGAAAAUUAAACAGGAAUUCGAGGAUAUUCGCAUCACUCUUCCCCAGCCGUUCGACGAAACACGAUGGUAAUUGAACUCGGAACCUGACUCAUUCCGCCUUUUUUUCCUCAGGCAAGAACUGGAAACCAUGAACGAUGAGGAUUUGAACGAAAAGGAUCUAUUGUUCAACGGGAUUCCAGCAAGCGCCAUCAUGAUCGUCAAUGUCCUCGAAACUCUUCUGAAAGAACUGAACGUUCAUGUCAACCACGUCGACGUAUUUCCAUUUGAAAUUGAUUCCUACGGUCUUCCGCCCAUAAACUGCCGAAAAAUCUGGAAUCCUCUUCUCUGGAUGCGUUCAGAAAUCGAGGCAAAGAUGAACAAAUUCUGUACACAACGCAGUCUAAAGCCUGUCAAUUUACUCGCUACUUCAUUAGAGCACACUCCGAAAGCUGGAAUGCUGGACACACUGAUGAUACCUUCAUUGUGAGUUGGCAAUAACCAUCGAGAAAUUUUUUUGAAUUCAGCUUCUUGGAAUAUACGGCUGAUAAGCUGGAUUAUACGAAAAAAGAGAACAAAGAAGAGUUUCUGGAGAAAUUGAAGGCAAAGUUCGGAAGUUUGAAGGUGACCGAACUGAAGAUGGUGCUGCCGGAUAUUCUGAUUGCGUACACAACUGAAUUGGUAGACAGAAUGAUGCAAGUCAGCUACUUCAUCCCACACGAACUGCUCAGGCUUAUGUUUCUUUGUUGGAAUCCGGAGAUUGUUUACAUUCGAUUGCGAUCAGAGGCGUGUUCUUCAAUCGAAGACGCCGCUCGUAUCGAAUGGGAUGAGGAAGAAGUUUUCACCUCGACAACUUUGUUCAAUUCGGAACUCUACACACGUUGCGAGCCAGUUCCUUUGGGGAAUGAACUCGAAAUUGUCGAUUGUGCAGUGAUUAUCGACGCCACUGGAAGCCGGCUAUUCGAUCCGAUCCACAAUGCGAAGAAUGUGAAAACUGCCGGCAGAGACCUUCUGAUCACGUUCUCGAACAAAAUUGUUCUUGUGAAAAGAAUUGUUCCUUUCAAAAACGGAGCAUCGAUUGUUAGUUGUCCUAUUCUACUCACAAUAAUAUCUGAUCUUUCAGAAUGCCCAACUCAAACAGCAACUCGAAUUCGUAGCCAACACGUUCUUUUCCAACGCGAGCGAACAUCCUCUCCGAACCGUCCACCAUCAUCUGACGUUCACAAAUUCCGGAGAGACGAAACUGAUUGUGGUUAAAAAGUUCAUUACGAAGAUGGCGAGUGCAAUGAAACUCGGCAUAACCUUCAACAUUGAGCAGACUGUCAAGGCCAUGUUCAAUCAUUACGGUGACUCGCGGCCCAGUUCGGACCUGCUGGUCAGGCUUUUCGAUCAAGUGAAUCACUUCCAGCUCGAUAUGAAGUUAUCGCUUUCCCGCUGAUUCUUCCUUUGUUUUCUAUUUACCACGUUAUUGUCUCAUUUUGUUUGUUCACUCUCAUGAAUAAGUCUCUGCCCUCUGCGGACUAGCUUUCUCUGCGUAUCCUCGUCCAUUCCGCUAAACUUUGUCCGUUUCGCGAGCACGCCUGAUUAAUUUAAUCUGGUUUCUAGAACUGAAAGGGCUCGUUUUCUGGCGUUGCUAGGCAUUUUCAGCGCCUUCGAAUCUCUCUUAUCGAUCUCGCUCGCGUCUCGACUUUCGUCCGCUUGAUAAGCUGCGUUUUUCGUUUCUCUUCGCGAAAUUAGCUCUAUUUUGUCACUACUCUGUUUUUGCUCCCACGCGCCAUUUCAGUAUUCAGGGAAAUGCCGUUUUUCGGAAGCAAAAAGAGCGAAAAGAAGGAGAAGCCGAAGGAGGAGCCAAGUUAUCCCAGGCAACAGGUGAGAGAGGAGAAGCUUGUCAAUGCAUAAACUCCUUCAUUCAGGCCGUUCCACCACCGCCGCAAGUUGCUCAUCAUCCGGUGGCCACCUAUCCUCAGAGCACAUUCGUCUAUCAACCCAAUCAAUACUGCUACGCUCCGACUGAUCCGCGAAUAAACACCGCCACGAGCACCAGCACCACGUACACGAUGGCGUUCCCUAGGAACGAUCUGCCCGGAGCAUCUGCCAACUUCUGCGAGGGCUUCCUCGACGGACCCGACUUCUCGAAUCGUGUCCCCGAUCGAAGAAUCCCGCCGGCGCCCGGCUCUUAUUAUUUCUUCUCGGUACGCUGCUGAUUCCCAUUCCAACGUUAUUGUCUCUAUUAUUGCAGCACGGCAACAUGCCUCCACCUGCUCUAACUCCAGGAAUGAUGCCGGGUUGCUCUUCGGCCCCACCACCAGGCUCUACGAGCAGCUGCCCCCCGCCUCCGAGUUAUGAAGACGUGCUCGCGCAGGAGGUCAAGAAGAAGCUCUAA